UGUCACUUUCCUCAUCCCACCUUCCUCUCAACACCAUCCCUCUCUCAUACUUUCCUGUUUUCUCCCUUUCUUUCUUUUUUGUGUGUCCUUUAUCUGAUGUUUGGCCAUGUCCUCCUCUUCAGAAUCACCAUCUGUCUCCUUCUCUCUCUCCCUCCCACACAAACACUCACACACUUUUGCCACAUGACAAAAGACGUUCUAUUUUUGCUCCCCAAACAGCUUUUUUCUGAUGUGGUCGUUAACUAAUUAAAGUUCUGCAUGUGUUGGCUGGAUGGAUCAGCUGUGAAAACAGCUCACAAAGUUUUAUCACUUAUGCUUCGUCUGGGAUUGGAUUCAAACUGUGGAUUAAUUUAUUUUAUGAGAAGCUCAAAUGAGUUUCUGAAGCGGCGACACAGCGACGGGUGACUGAAGGAGCGGCCAGCUGCAGCCUAUCUGAAGAUGUCUGAUAAUGGGGAGGUCGAGGACAAGCCUCCAGCUCCUCCCAUGAGGAACACCAGCACCAUGAUCGGCUCCUGCAACAAGGACCCCACGCCCCUGAACCACGGCUCCAAGCCGCUGCCGCCCAACCCGGAGGACAAGAAGAAGAAAGACCGCUCCAUCCGAUUCAUCCUCACUGGGAGCGAUAAGACCUAUAAGAAGAAGGAACGUCCUGAGAUUUCUCUACCGUCAGACUUUGAGCACACCAUCCACGUCGGUUUUGAUGCUGUUACUGGGGAGUUUACUGGCAUGCCGGAGCAAUGGGCCCGUCUGCUGCAGACGUCCAACAUCACCAAACUGGAGCAGAAGAAGAAUCCUCAGGCCGUCCUCGACGUCUUAAAGUUCUACGACUCAAAGGAAACGGCCAACAGCCAAAAAUACAUGAGCUUCACAGAUAAAACUGCAGACGCCUUCAACUCCUCCAUCGUAACGAGCUCCAAGGCGGUGUCGGAGACGCCCGCCAUAGCAACCGUGUCCGAGGAUGAAGACGAAGACGAGGCCGAGCCCCCGCCGGUGAUCGCCCCCCGCCCUGAGCACACCAAAUCGAUUUACACCCGCUCAGUGAUCGAGCCGCUCCCUCCUCCUUCCACCAAAGAUGCAGCCACUUCCCCCAUCAUCCCACCGGCCACCGCCGCCGUCACCCCCGCCCCACCUGCAGAGCCGGCUCCCGGCAGCCCCCCCAGCGCAAGCCCCGCCCCCGGCCCGUCUCUGCCCCGCGCACAAGAUAAAAGCAAGAAGAAGAAGAUGUCUGACGAGGAGAUCCUGGAGAAACUAAGGACAAUUGUUAGCGUGGGAGAUCCCAAGAAGAAAUAUACUCGGUUUGAAAAAAUAGGACAGGGAGCCUCUGGUACGGUGUACACAGCUAUAGACAUCGCUACAGGACAAGAGGUUGCCAUUAAACAGAUGAACCUGCAGCAGCAGCCAAAGAAAGAGCUGAUCAUCAACGAGAUUCUGGUGAUGAGGGAAAACAAGAACCCAAACAUUGUCAACUACCUGGACAGCUACCUGGUCGGCGAUGAGCUGUGGGUGGUGAUGGAGUACCUGGCUGGAGGUUCGCUGACCGACGUCGUCACGGAAACCUGCAUGGAUGAAGCUCAGAUUGCUGCCGUGUGCAGAGAGUGUUUGCAGGCGCUGGAGUUCCUCCACUCGAACCAGGUCAUCCAUCGAGACAUCAAGAGCGACAACAUCCUGCUGGGCAUGGACGGCUCCGUGAAGCUCACCGACUUUGGAUUCUGCGCCCAGAUCACUCCGGAACAGAGUAAGCGCAGCACCAUGGUGGGGACUCCUUACUGGAUGGCUCCGGAGGUCGUGACCCGGAAGGCUUAUGGACCCAAAGUGGACAUCUGGUCCCUGGGCAUCAUGGCCAUCGAGAUGGUGGAGGGGGAGCCGCCGUAUCUGAACGAGAAUCCCCUCAGGGCGCUGUAUCUCAUAGCAACCAACGGGACGCCGGAGCUGCAGAACCCAGAGAAACUGUCAACAAUAUUCAGAGACUUCCUGAACCGAUGUCUGGAGAUGGACGUGGAGAAACGAGGAUCCGCUAAAGAACUACUGCAGCACCAGUUCCUGAAGAUGGCGAAGCCUCUCUCCAGCCUCACUCCUCUCAUUCUGGCAGCCAAGGAGGCGGCGAAGAACAACCGCUAGCUGCCGCUGCUCUCGUUUGUCGUCAUGGUUGCGUGAGUCUGAGGCCGCCGGCCCGGUUACAAAACCCUCAGAAGGGCUUGAGUCGUUCUCUCUCUCCUCCUCUGAGUGUUUUCUACCUCGGAGCUGCUUUAUUUGCCCCGUCUCCUUCCACCCCGACCGCCUAGCAGAGAGGAAAAGCCCCUAAACACUCCACCGGACCCGGGCGAAGGGACCGAGGGGCGUCUCCAGAGCCCAAAGACGGCGGCUCGUUUUUAUUGUUUUUAAAUCAGGACCACGUCGUUGGACGUUUUUUAUUUUGUUUUGGAAGCGGUUCCUUUUCCUGUUUUUUUAUGAAUCAAUUUUAGUUGUUGCGUGUCUGUCACCGUGGACCGUUGGGAUUUGAAUCAUGUCGAUCGCAGCGUCGCCCUGUGCGGAGCCGGUCGGGUUUGGUACUUUGUCGUGUCUUUGUUAAUGAAACACUGGUUUGCCCAGAGCCAUCGAUGGACGAGGUUCAACAUAAAACCGGAUUAUCGUCUUUCACUGGAGCACCAAAACCACAGGUUGCUCCUCAACGACUUUACGUCACCUUAAGCUAUUAAUUCUAUGGUUUUAAUACAUAAAUGAUCUUUUUUAUUUGUCAUCUCACAUAUAAAAAAGUAUUCUGGAUUUCUUCUGUUUUUGCUUUUUUGUCACAACAAAAUGUUUCAGACCAUCAAACUGUUUUUAAUAUUAGACACUGAUGAACAGAGGAAACACAAAAAGCAGUUUUAAAUGGCAAAAGCAAUCCAAGAAGUAAAACCAGAGUUAGUGAUAAUCAGAGUUGGUUAGUAACUAAUUACAUUUACCUGGGAAACUUUUUUGAAAAAAAUUACUUUUACUGUACUUUUUACUUUUACUUGAAUAUCUCUAGUAAGACUAUUUCUACUCUUACUAGAGUAAAAUUCCUGGAUUUUCAACCCGCUGAAUUAAAAACAAACAUGUUUUAACCAAACAUUUACCAGACACAGACCUACAGUUUUUGUUAGUUUCAUAAGUUUUUUAUUGAAAGAAACUGAUUUGGAAAAAAUUAUUUCCCCUGAUUUUGUUAUUUUUUUGUUGUUAUUUUUGUCCAUAAAAUACCAAAUUUUCCAUUUAACUAAAAACGUUGGUUUGUCUGAUGAUGUAAUUUUUAAUAUUAAAUGAUUGAUAAUUUGACCAAUUACUCCGUACUUCAGUAGACGUUUUACCAAAUACUUUUUUAUUUGAGUAAAAAUAUGUUGAACCAAUGCUGCUCUUACUUGAGUACAAAUUUUAGGUGCUCUACCCACCUCUGCUAAUAACUGGAAAUCAAUAAUUUACAUAAUUUUGAGGGCCACAUUUGGCCACGCCCCUUUGUGCGUAUUGGCUCCGCCCACUUUGCUGGAACUUUCCAGAAAUUGUCGGGGGGCGGGGCUAGUUAUAUUAGCUUCUUUCACAUAGAGGCCAGGUUGGUUUGCAUUGUUUUGUUUUCUGUUAUCAAAUAAAAUAAUAAUUUAAAAACUAAAUUCAGUUCUGCUCUGAAACAGAAACGUGACAAAACGACUGAAUAAAUCUGUAAGGGGGCAAAUACUUUCUCACAGAUCUGUAGAUAGAGCUGUAGAAUUAAAAAAGGGUGUGUUUUUUUAUUUUAUUUUAUUAUGUCUGUAAAAGAGGAACUGUCCAUCUGUGGCUCUGGGCGUCGUCGGUUUGGGGCUCUGGGGGGAAUGUGCAUGAGAACCACCUGUUCUUUGUUUUUAUACGGUACUUUUAGAGUAAGAAGUGACAAAUGAGCGUAGCGACGAUAAUGAAGGAUGCUUGUGUAGAGAUCAUAUCUGAAUCCUAUUUUCAGAAGACGAAUAAACGUUGUUUUUCAGCCCGGAGGAGCCCUGUGAACAAGAGGUGUAUAUUUUACAUGCAAGAAGGAAAAAACCGUUCCACCUUUUGUUUACAGAUCAUUUUUUAUAUAUAUUGAUCAGAUCAUUACACGUUUAUAAUUUUUGGAUAAGAAGUUGAGCAUCAGAGAAUCUACAAACUCUGCAAACAUCUCCUAAACAUUUAUCCGAAACUGUCUCUGACUUUAUGAUUUCUUUCUUUUUUUAAAUUGUUUUUUUAGGUACUUUUGGCCUUAAACUGUUUCAAAGGCUUAAAACUUGUUUUACCGUCUGAUGGAAGUGACGAGCUGCAGCAUUUUCAGUCGAAACUCCAUUUAAUUUGAACACAACUUAAAGCUGAACUGUUAUUACUAAAUAUUUCAAUGCAGCAAAUCAGCAGGUGCAACAAAAUGUAAACAUUAUCCGCUUUGCAUCAGAAAAACAGGCGAAGGUUUAAUGAUUUAAUGUUUAAUAACUGGCUGAAAAUGUUGCAGUUGUGUUGUGUCCAGGUCUGAAUCCCCAUAAAGCUCAAUUAAAAGGGCUAUUCUGUAGUUUUCCAUAUUUAGUUUGAAACCCAGAGUCACGAUGCAGGAGCUGCCUGUCGAAAACACACAAACUCUGCAAAAACACAAAAUCUUACCAAGUAUUUUUGAUCCAGUUUCUGGUGCAAAUAACUUAAUAUACUUGAAAUAAGAGAAAACUAACUUACAAGUUACUUCUAAGCAAGAUAUAAGAGUUUGUUUUAAAUUAAUUUCUUAAUAUUGAUGGAAAAAGUACCUGUUCUAUUUCACUAUUAACAUGGGGAACAUGUUUCAUUAUAGAUUAAACAGCGUAUUACGGCCAGCGCAUAGGGAAAAAAAGAGUACAUCUCUGACAAAAAAUCUUACUAAUUUUCUAGAAAAAUCGUAGAAUUUUCUGAGUUUGAAAAUUUGCUAGGAAAAAAAAACAAAUUCUAAAUUUAAUCUCAGGAAUUUGAGAAAAAAAAGUGGAAAUAAAAGUUGAAAAUUUGAUAAACCCCAGCAUAUUCUCAGUCAGUUGGGUUUCCAAACAUCUUUUAUAUAUUGACUUUAUUUUAGUAAAGCACAAUUCUUUUCACAAUUUAUUUCACUUUUGAUUCUCAGACAUAAACAAUAAUUAUCAGUUUUUUCAAGGUUUUAUAUUUCCAAGCAACCAUUUGCAGUCCUGGUCUGAGCAGAUUAGUCUUCAGUGUAAAUAACCAUGAAUGUGUUUCAGUAACUGUCUUAUGUAAACUUAAUGGCCUUCUAAGGCUUAUAAAAUGGCGUUCAAACUGCUUACGAGUUGAUUUGAGUUGAAAAAUAUUUACUUUUUUUCAGCUCCAGUGAGAUUGACUGAUAAAUUCAGCAGAUUGGAAGAAAUUCAUUUCAUAUGAAUUCAAAAUGAAAGUUUUCAGAGAUUUCAUCAAAUCUACGAAAGAUGCUGACUGCUUAUAGCGCUCCAGAUAACCCCACUUUUUAAAACAUAAAGCAGGACUAUCCUCGGUGUCCAGACGUUUAGCACAAAAUCACCGAGUUGAAAGCACACAGCAGCCACAAUUUAUUAGUUUUUUUACAUUUUAUUUAAAAAUGUAAAAUAUUUGUUUUAUUAUUUAUUUACAUUUUUCAAAUUUAUAUCAUAUACUACAGAAAUAUAACCAAAAUAUUACAAAAUGUAAAAUAAUUAUUUGGCAAAUUAUUUUCUUUUUAUCUGCUUAGCAACAAAUUAACAUGAUUUUAUUUAAAAUGUCUGAAAAAGUGUCUCAAAGUUGUACAGUUUCAAAACUUGUGGGUCAAGAAAUCAAUUUUAGUUUAUUCCAGCAACAAAAAUGAGAAUUGUCUUUGAAAACUCUGAACUGUAUUUUGCCCAUUUUAAUUAUUGGGGGCAAUAAAAUGUGUUUUGGAGAAAAAAGUCGCUGGAGAUUUGUGGCUCUGCUCACUUUGUCAUUAAAAUGAAAGCAAAAAAACAAACAAAAACAAAAAACACUUAAUUUGUACUUAAAA